AUCUUUAUCAGCAUGUCAUCAUCAGAAGCAGGCCCAUCGAGGCGAAAAGGAGGCAAAGAUGGUAACAAAAAAGGAAAUGGACGUCACAGUGAAGAAGCACUGGCAAAACAAGACAACAGUAUCUCUCGAGCCACUGCAUUACCCCCUUCAUUAUCCCAAACAACACCUUUGCCAGAUGCAACAGCACCUAAGAGAUAUCAAAAGAUUAAAGAUAAGAAACUGCGAUCACAUCUAAACGAUGUCCAUCUCAAUCAAAAGAGAGCAGCACAACAUGCAAAGGAUGUAAACGAAUAUCUUUAUUCUUCUGCAGUCGGAGAAGAAUCUGGUUUGAUAGAGACAGAAGAUGCGCUGGAACGUACGGCAAAGGUUACACAAGGGCAGAUCAAGGACAGCGUAUCCGUAGAUGCAGCCAAUAAAUCAUUCUCUCUUGAUCUUUCUGGAGGAAAGUCUAACGCAGGCCGAGGACCCUAUCGCUCGUCUUAUACUCGAAAUGGUAGACAUCUUCUACUGGGAGGAAGGAAAGGUCAUUUAGCAGCCAUGGAUUGGCAAACGGGAAAGCUAAUGUGCGAGAUUAACGUCAAUGAAACCAUACGAGAUGUCACAUGGCUUCACAAUACAUCCUUCUUUGCCGUUGCACAGAAGAAGUACACCUACAUAUACGAUAAUCAAGGAACGGAAAUACAUCGACUACAGAAGCAUACAGAUGUCAAUCGAAUGCAGUUCUUGCCUUAUCACUUUCUCUUGGCAACUGUCGGACAUGCUGGAUUUCUACGCUAUCAAGAUACAUCAACAGGUAAUAUCGUUGCAGAACAUCGAACUGGACUUGGACCAUGCUCUACGAUGGCGCAAAAUCCAUUAACAGCAGUCAUUCAUCUCGGCCACUCAAAUGGUACAGUCACCCUUUGGACACCCAACCUCUCUUCACCUGCGUUGAAGAUGUUGGCUCAUCGUGGACCUGUAAGCGGGAUAAGUGUAUCUGCCAGAUCGGGUGGACGCGAAAUGGCAACGAGCGGAAUGGAUGGCAGUGUAAAAGUGUGGGAUGCUCGAAUGCUAGGAAAAGGUGCUGUACGUGAAUGGAUAAGUAGAAGACCUGCUACUGAUAUCACAUACAGUCAAAGAGGACUUUUGGGCGUUGCUUGGGGUAACCAUGUAAGCGUGUACAAUACACAAAAAGCAAUGGGCAAAGCACCUCCAGGACCAUAUCUGACAAACGGAUUCCCAAAAGGUGAACCGAUUCAGGUAAACUUUUGCCCGUUUGAAGAUGUUUUAGGUGUGGCACAUUCGAAUGGAUUUGAUUCGUUAAUCGUGCCAGGAUCGGGUGAGCCAAGAUUCGAUUCAAGCGAAUUGGAUCCAUUCGAAGGUCGUCAAAGCCGUCGCGAGAGAGAAGUACGGUCAUUGCUCGAUAAAAUUCGACCAGAAACAAUCACUUUGGAUCCUGAUAUGUUGGGUCAAUUGAACGUAGAGGCAGACGAGAAUUAUGCGCCAGAAAACAACAAGAACAAGCUACCACGUUCGGCUGAUGGAAGACCUUUUGCUCGACUUACAAGAAUGGAACGCUUGCGGUUGCAAGGUAAGGCAGAUGAAGGUGAAGGUGCUGUCGUUGAUGAAGUUCGUCAACGGUUGCAUCGUGAAGGUGAAGCUGAACAAGACAACGCCAGCAAUGGCUCUGAACAUGAUGACGAUGAUGCACUCUUUGAUGGAAAAGGUACUGUUGAAAGUCGGGACUGGAACGACCCUACUUACAUCGGAAAAGGCAAAGAUCGAUCAAAGCGUAAGAUGCGCGGAAGAGACGGCGCACAAAAGAGAGUCGCUAUCAAACGAAGCAAAAAUGUUGAUGAUAUCAAUUCAGCUGCUUUACGUGCAAAGAAUGAAGGUAUCAAACAAGCCCGAAAGGAUCAAGAUGAAGAUGGUGAUGCUCAGCCCCGUACUGCUUUGGAUUAUUUCUCUCGUAGAUCACGCAAAUGAGCUUAUUUUAAUGUACAAAGUUUAGCAAUGAAUUAUGUUUAGUAU